GAUGAAUUUUCUAUUGACAGUGAAAAAACGAUCUUUCAAAUUGUCACCAAAAAUCUAAAUCCUCAUAAUCUAAUAUACCCAUCAAAAAAAUGAGAUUCCGAAAAUAUGCCUCAGCAGUAUUUCUCAACAAAAAUGCAGCGCCAUAUCAGUUCAAGCACACAAGAAGUUUAAGGAUGGCUUUGGGAUGCUACGUUAUAGGAAGAUACCCCCUAAUUCUGUUUCCCAAUGUGGUGGAUCAUCACCGAGCCUCUCUAGAGAUUCUACCAGUGGUGAUUUUCAUCACCCUUUUCUUCUCCAUUCCUUUAACAUUCGCCACACUUGGCUUGUCGCAAUACUCGAAAAAAGGCUGGAUCAAAUUAUGGGAUGCAGCUCCCAUCUGGAGAGGAAUAGGAAUAUCAGGCAUUAUAUGUCUUUAUAUUUCAACCUUAUUCUUGACAACAGCAUGUACCGACUUUCUAUAUUACACCAUUCGCACUUUAGAGACUGAGACACCUUGGUUGAAGUGUGGCAACCAAGACUUCCUAAAAGAAGGUUGUUUUACCUUCAUCGCAAACCGUUCCAUACAUCUGGAUUGCAUCACAAUGCACGGUGAAGAACACUGCUCUAAUUUAGUGUGGAAGAACAGUGCCCAAUAUUUUUGGGACAAUACGGUGAACUUCAAGAGUGGUAAUUCAACAAUGUUUGAAUACAAUGAAGGUCUUAUCCCUUAUGAAAUUGGGGUAGCAAUGAUUCUUUAUAUCUGUUUGAGAAAUAGUACACAAAGUCUAGCGUUGUUUUCACCUUUUCUACUGAUAUUUCCGACAAUCUUACAUGUAAUACUUGUCAUUAGAUCCUUUUUACACCCUGGAACAUUGAGAGCCUUGGAAGUUAUCGGCCAGUUUAAAUUCUCCAAUUUCUUUGCCAUACGGUUUUGGAUGGACUUGAUUAUAAUAAGUUUGCGUAGCACAAACUUUGCGUACGGUGGGCUGUCAUUCUUCGGUGCACAGCACAGAUUUAGAAAUCCGGUAAAAUUAGAUGCGGUCUUCAUUAAUGUAGCUAGCCUAACGUAUUGCAUCGGAUAUACCAUGUUCCUUUACAACACUUUCGGAAUUUUGAGCUAUGAAUUAAAUAUUCCCAUAGAAGAGAUAAUGAAUAUUGAAAAAGAUGCUAAUUUCAUUCAAUUUCCAUUGAGUUUUACGCACAUGAGCCUAACCAAAUUUUGGACGUUUAUUUUCUAUUUCGCGAAUUUUCUGGUCAUACUUAGAAGCCUUGCUACACAAAGCGAAACUUUUCUCAGCGUGUUCUAUGAGUUGAAUCCUACGCUGAAGAAGUACACCAUUCCAUGUAGUUUAGUGUUUUGUUCCACACUUCUGCUACUCAAUAUCUUAUUCAACUUUAAAGUGCUGCACAUCGUCCUUCUAAAGUUAGACAUUUUCACCACUUUUACUAUAAUUCCUGUAUUGGCUUUCUAUUUUUACGUUUUCAUUGCCUUUUUUUAUGGCGUUAUGCACUUUGUGGACGAUAUGCAUUUUAUGUUGGGUUUUAGACCUUCGAAUAUCUGGAAAUUGAAUAUGUACGUGGGUUUUUCCAUAUAUUUCGCUCUUUCCAUAUAUGGAUUUUACGGAUUUUCACUUGGCCUAACUCAAUCUGCAAUGGACCCUGUAUUGUUCAUGGUAAAUGGUGCCCUCUGCAUGAUUCCUUUGAUAUAUUUUAUAAUAUACGUUAUUAUUAAACGACAUGCUCAUGUUCAUUGGAUGGAAAUAUUCAGGCCAGCCAAGCAAUGGGGACCAAGAGAUGAAUUAUUACGUAAAAGUAGAGAUAUGUUCUCUGCCCAUGAUAUGACAAAGGAAUAUCUUUAUCGGCAGCAAAAACUGAGGAUUAAAGCAGCUGACACUGUGGCAAAAGUAGAUACUACUGCGUCAAAAAUAAGUACUGUAAAUUAUGCCCUUCCGGACUAGAACUGUUUCAUAUUUUGCAACGAAUGGUACAUGAAUAAUAUUAUCACAUUACUAUAUCCCACUCCGAAGUCUUUAGAAGAAAUCGGUGCUGGAAGAUUCUUAAAUUGCGAUGUUUUGGCUCAAUUCGUUUUCAAGAUUGAUGCUAAUGCUCAUUUUGAUGUCUCCAUAACAUUUUCGAGCAUUGAUCAGAUUGAAAAAAUUCAAUGUAUUUAACUAAAUAAAAUGUCAAUAUG